CACACUGAAAACAUUGCAAAUAUUUUAGGAAAAAGCCUUCAUUGCAAUUUAAAGCCCCUGCAACGAAAAUACAGCGCAAAUGGUAAUCGUGGCGGCGGAGACAAAGAAAGGAACACCUGUCCGAUUGGAAAAGCAGGUGGGUGCCCACAAUUUUAAGCAUUCAGAACAGCCGACGGCCAUUUUUUGCUAGCUAAGACGGCCAAGACGUGACUGUUGGCCAAAAGAAGUGCAAGAGCAGCGCACAUUCAUAACCAUCCAGAUCAACCCACAUCUUGGUCACAAACACGCACACACACACUCAGACACCCACCGAGAGCGAGAUGUCCGAGAAGAACCUGAAAGUGGGCGCCCGCGUCGAGCUGACCGGCAAGGAUCUGCUCGGCACGGUGGCCUACGUGGGCAUGACAGGCUUCGCCGUCGGCAAGUGGGUGGGCGUCGUGCUGGACGAGCCGAAGGGCAAGAACAGCGGCUCCAUCAAGGGCCAGCAGUAUUUCGAGUGCGAGGAAAACUGCGGCAUGUUUGUCCGUCCCACGCAGUUGCGUCUAUUGGAGCCGGCACCUGGUAGCGGUGGCGCCUCCACUGGCAGCAGGCGCAGCAUCGAGGACGUUAGCGGCGCCACUCCCACGACGGCCCAACCCACAAAGGCGCGGCUGAGCACCUCUCGCACCUCGCUCUCCUCCAGUCGCCAAUCGCUGUUGGGUUCUCGCACCCAGUUGACGGCCUCGCUGAGUGAACGCACUGCCUCGAGCAGCAGCAUCGGUCCUCGGAAAUCCCUGGCCCCGCAAAGUAGCAAGGAUAAGGACGCCUCCACAGCUUCCUUGGCGGAGGGAGCUCCAGCAGCAGGCGGUGGCAACGGAGCCGGUUCGCAUGCCUCGUCCAAAAGGGCUUCCUUCGUUGAGACGGGAUUCCUGGAGAUUCUAAAGCCGCAGUUUACCCCAUCGCAGCCACUACGCUCGCCUUCGUUCACCAUGCCCUCCAAUUCCGAUGAUAAGACGGCCCUCUUGGAGGCGCAGAAAACGAGCGCCGAGCUGCAGGCCCAGCUGGCCGAUCUCACCGAGAAGCUGGAAACCCUGAAGCAGCGCCGAAACGAGGACAAGGAAAGGCUGCGGGAAUUCGACAAGAUGAAGAUUCAGUUCGAGCAGCUGCAGGAGUUUCGCACAAAGAUCAUGGCUGCGCAGGCUUCGCUGCAGAAGGAGCUACAGCGGGCCAAGCAGGAAGCCAAGGAUGCGAUUGAGGCGAAGGAGCAGCAUGCCCAGGAAAUGGCUGACUUGGCGGACAACGUUGAGAUGAUCACCCUGGAUAAGGAGAUGGCCGAAGAAAAGGCCGACACGCUGCAGCUGGAGCUGGAGUCCUCCAAAGAGCGCAUUGAAGAGCUGCAAGUGGAUCUGGAUCUGUUGCGUUCCGAAAUGCAAAACAAAGCCGAGUCCGCCAUCGGCAGUAUUUCCGGUGAUGGCGAUUCACCCGGACUCUCCACCUAUGAAUUCAAGCAGCUGGAGCAGCAGAACAUUCGUCUGAAAGAAACACUGGUGCGUCUGAGGGAUCUUUCUGCCCACGAUAAGCACGACAUCCAGAAGUUGAGCAAGGAGUUGGAGAUGAAGCGAUCGGAGGUUGCGGAAUUGGAACGCACCAAGGAGAAGCUGAGCGCCAAGAUCGAUGAGUUGGAAGCAACAGUGGCCGACUUGCAGGAACAAGUCGAUGCUGCACUUGGAGCUGAAGAAAUGGUGGAACAGCUGGCUGAAAAGAAAAUGGAACUGGAGGAUAAAGUAAAGCUUCUGGAAGAGGAAAUCGCACAGUUGGAGGCUUUGGAGGAGGUGCACGAACAGCUGGUGGAAAGCAAUCACGAACUGGAGUUGGAUCUGCGCGAGGAACUGGACUUGGCCAACGCGGCCAAGAAGGAGGUGCUGCGGGAGCGAGAUGCAGCCAUCGAGACAAUCUACGACCGCGACCAGACCAUCACCAAGUUCAGGGAACUGGUGCAAAAGCUAAACGACCAACUAACCGAUUUAAGAGAUCGCAGCUCCAGCAACGAAAAGGAGUCGCUGCAGGAUCCCAGCUUGAAACUGGCCACCGAAACCAUUGACUACAAGCAGAUGUUCGCCGAGUCCAAGGCCUACACCCGAGCCAUUGACGUUCAGCUGCGCCAGAUCGAAUUAAGUCAAGCCAACGAACAUGUCCAAAUGCUGACCGCCUUCAUGCCGGAAUCGUUUAUGAGUCGCGGCGGCGAUCACGACUCCAUUCUGGUGGUUCUGCUCAUUUCACGGAUUGUCUUCAAGUGCGGCAUUGUGGUUUCGCAGACCAGAGAGCGUUUCCCAGCCGUGGAGGCGAUAACCAGGGAGGCGGUGACCCAGGGCCAUGCCGUCCAGCAGUACGCCUUCAAGUGCCGCCUGCUGCACUACGUCCACAGUCUGCAAUGCGCCCUGCACCAGAUCCUCUAUGGAUUGAACAGCUGCCAACCGGACACGCUCCUGCGAGCCGGCAGCUCCCUGCCCGAAAUGGUGGCUCAGGAAAAGAUAGUUGAUGGCAUCAUUGAACUGUUGAAAUCGAACCAACUGGAUGAGAACAGCACCACGGAUAACAUUGAGAAGUGCGUGGCCUUCUUCAAUGCCAUGAACUCUGUGUUGCUUGCCGGGGAGCAGCUUUUGAACGAGAUCCAGAUGAUCCGGGACUGCGUGGCCUCCUUGGGCGCUGCUUGUGAGAGCAUUCUCAGCGACACGGCCAUUGCCAAGGUGAUUAUCCAGGAGGCGGGCGCCACCAGCGACUCGGUGCUGCUGAUUCAGUUCCUCAACGAGAACAUCGAGAGCGUGCGCCAGCAGGUGAAGCUGAUCAAGCGUCGCCUGCCCAGCGAUCAGCAUAUCAUCAAGAGCGGCCUCUCGCAGCACAGAGUGGAAGCGAUGCGUGCUUUGGCGCAGAAUAUCAGUCGCAUCAUGUCGGCCAUGCACCAGGCCACCAAGCAAUCCCUGGCGGCUAUUGUGGCCACAAUUGAGAGCGACAAUGCAGCGGAGCAUACGUUGCCCCAGGAGAAGUACUGGGCAUUGCUUUCCGCCUCCUGCGAACGCAUCUACGAGCAGGAUGACCGUGGACCAACGCACAACUUUAAGACACUGCUGGCACAAGCCAACUCGGAUCUGCAGCACAUUGCCCAGCAUUUGCUGGACAAGGAGUACGAGAUCAUUUCGGCUGCCAACAAUGCUGGUGGUCAACAGAAGUCGGGUGCCCACAGCACGCCGAUCACUCAGCGGGCGCAGUUGAUCAAGAAGCAGCUGGAGCAAAAGAAUGUGCUGGCCGCCACUUUGGAGAAUCGCGAGGCGGACGUCAAGCAGCUGAAGCUGGCCGCCAAGAUGAAGCAGAACGAGCUGAGCGAGAUGCAGAUCCGCAAGGAUCUGGCAGAGAAGAAACUGAGUGUGCUGCAGAACGAGUACGAGCACGCGGUGGACAAGUGGAAGCAGCAGUACGAGGAGACGCGCCAGCAGCUGCAGCUCAAGGAGAAGGAGUUCGAGGAGACGAUGGACCAUCUGCAGAACGACAUCGAUGCUUUGGAGAGCGAGAAGAGCGAUCUGCGCGACAAGCUGAAGAUGAACACGAGCACAGGAAAAGUGCCAUCCGUCUCGGACUCACACUCCCCGCACAAUCUUUCCGGCGCUGGCAAUACGUCCGGUACCACGGGAAUAUCUAAUGUCUCCUACUCUGCGCCAGCGGGAACAGCACCUGUGGUGGCCGAGGAGGUGGAGCUCCUGAAGAACGCCUUCAACCAGGAGCGCAACGAGCGACUGCGUCUGCAGGCGCAGGAUAUGCGAGCCAAACUGUCGCAGUUUGAACCACUGCAUGUGCCGCAGCCGCAGGAUCAGCGAAUCACCGCCUUGGAAUCCGAACUGACCCGGAUGAAGCACGCUUGGGUGUUAUCCCUGUUGCAGGUGCGCUCGCAGGACUCGGUUAAUGCCGGAACGCGCAUCGACACGGUGGCUUUGCAGAGACGCAAUCAGCCUGUCCCACUGAAGGGUGAGAUCAGCUCGAAGGCCUCCCAGCUGGCUUCCGACAUCCUGGCGGAGUAUCUGCAGCGGAAGCCACAUCGCGCUGCUCACGGACAAUUCGCCUCCUUUCCCACCGUCGAUGUGAAGAGAGUGCUGCAGAUCUGAGGAGAUAAAGAUGUGUAUCAUGGCAAUGGGAUCGGGGCCAGGGGCAAUCUGAAUAGAAUAUAAUUUUAUUUCUACUGCUAGCACAAUUUCGGAUUUCGUAUUCGGGGGUUUAUUUUCCCUCGCACAAGCAGCUUCCCCCCAAGAACCCCAAAAAAUAAACAAAUAACACAACUCCUCAAGACUCCCUGCUCCUGUGAUGAGACCUAAAACAUGAUAGCUAAACAAAGAGCAACUGAGAAAUUAUAAUUCUACACUUAAUUUAUGUUUUUUGUAUAAAGAUUAUAAAGAUUAUAUACCUAUUGUAAUACUAA